UCGUGAUCAUCCGGUCGAGCCGUGGGUGGACAGCCUGCCCGAGGUACCUUCCCCUUCGUUGAGAUUAUUGUUGUGCUACUACAUGGACGAAAUUCAUGCCCUUCUUGGGGUAGCGUCUCUUCUUUGGUUCUCAACGCGUACGUAAAAGAAAAACGACACGGUUUUUUGUCAUAUUCGCCGCCUGUUUAUCUGAACCACAGACGGAACGUCGUUUUCCCAGGCUAAGCUAACAGCAGCAGCCCAACGGGUGGGGGUGGAUUCCUGUAUUUCGGCCCUUGGAAAGAGAAUAUAAAUAUCGUCCCGGGGGAUGUCUUGAAACUAUGACAAGCGCAGGAGUUAAAUCUGAUGGAGGAGAGCUUGUUGGAGGAGACGACAUGUCAGUGGAUGAGUAUCGCUAGACCGAUCAAUAAGGAGGUGUAAAGUAGUUACGCUACGCGGAGCUUGUUGGUUAGCGAAAUCGAUCAAGGAAGUUGACUAGCCGCCUAGCUAACUCGGCGACAGAUGCACUACUGGACAAAGGGUCGCCUCAAACCUCUGACUUUUAAUUCAGUUUUAAGAUUUUCAUAUAGAUAGGAGGUUGCUGACGACAAAAAUUUUCCGUCUUAAUAUUCAAAGUCGCGACUUGCUGUGCGCUUUAAACCAAAAGGUGAACUAGGUUAGCUUGUUCCCCAUUAGCAACUCAGUCAGCUUGUUGUAAACAAAGGGUCUCAGACUCCACCUGGGUACAGCAGCACUACACCUCUAGUUAACCCCAGCAGACUGUGUCCUGGGCACCACUGUCUUUUUUAUUUAUUGGUGAUAAGAGCUUCCGGAGAUGGAUUUAAAGACGGCAGUAUUCAAUGCAGCCAGGGACGGAAAGCUCCGGCUGCUUCAGAAACUAUUAGAAAACAAAGAUGGACCCGAGGUGAUCAAAUUGAUGGGCGAGAAGACAAACGGGGCCACCCCGCUCCUGAUGGCCGCCAGAUACGGACAUCUGGACCUGGUGGAGUACCUGCUGGAGUGCUGCAGUGCCCCCGUGGAGAUCGGUGGGUCAGUGAACUUUGACGGGGAGACAAUCGAGGGAGCGCCCCCUCUGUGGGCCGCGUCCGCCGCCGGUCACCUGAAGGUGGUCCAGUCCCUGCUGGGCCACGGGGCCUCUGUCAACAGCACGACCCUCACAAACUCUACACCUCUGAGGGCGGCAUGUUUCGACGGUCACCUGGACAUUGUGAAAUACUUGGUGGAGCACAAAGCUGACUUGGAGGUGGCCAACAGACACGGCCACACAUGUCUCAUGAUCUCCUGCUACAAGGGGCACAAGGAGAUCGCGCAAUACCUGCUGGAGAAAGGUGCAGAUGUCAACAGGAAAAGUGUCAAAGGCAACACGGCGCUCCAUGACUGUGCAGAGUCGGGCAGUCUGGAGAUUAUGCGGAUGUUGUUGAUGUAUGGAGCAUCCAUGGAGCAGGACGGCUAUGGCAUGACACCGCUGCUUUCUGCCAGUGUAACGGGACACACAAACAUUGUAGACUACCUGACGACGCACCAGCAGACAAGCCACAAGGAACGAAUUGAUGCUCUAGAACUCCUCGGAGCCACAUUUGUGGAUAAGAAAAGAGAUUUGCUCGGGGCUUUAAAAUACUGGAAGAGAGCCAUGGAUCUCAGGUACAUGGACAGUAACAACAUUGUCCAUAAACCAGAACCUAAGCAGCUGAUCAUGGCAUACGACUACGCAAGGGAGGUAACAAAUGGAGAAGAGCUUGACGGGCUGAUAUCUGACCCAGAUGAGAUGCGCAUGCAAGCCCUGCUAAUCCGCGAGAGAAUUCUCGGCCCGCAGCAUCCAGACACAUCGUACUACAUACGUUACAGAGGGGCAGUUUACGCAGACUCUGGGAACUUUGAGCGCUGCAUCAAUCUAUGGAAGUACGCUUUGGACAUGCAGCAGAGCAACUUGGACCCUCUGAGCCCCAUGACGGCCUCCAGUCUGCUGUCAUUCGCAGAGCUGUUCUCCUUCAUGCUCCAGGACAGGGCUAAAGGGCUGCUGGGGACGUCUGUGUCAUUUGAGGACUUGAUGGGGAUCCUGUCCAAGAGCGUGUUGGAGAUCGAGCGAGCGGUGAAACAAAGUGGGCCGAUGCCGCCGGAUCCUGCCCAGCUCAGCAAAGCUUUGUCAAUCAUCCUGCACCUCAUUUGUCUGUUGGAGAAGGUGCCAUGUACUGCAGAGCAGGACCAUUUCAAGAAGGAAACAAUAUAUAGAUUCCUAAAGCUUCAGCCAUGCGGUAAAAAUGGCUACAGUCCACUACACCUGGCAGUCGACCGCAACACUACCUGUGUAGGCCGCUACCCUGUCUGCAAGUUCCCCUCCCUUACAGUUGCUUCCAUUCUUCUGGAGUGUGGGGCUGAUGUUAACAGCAGAGACGAAGAUGACAACAGCCCGCUUCACAUUGCAGCAUCCAAUGGCCAUCCUGACAUCAUGAACCUGCUCAUAUCCUGUGGGACUCACUUUGAUAGCACCAAUGCCUUCCAGCAGACAGCCUGCGACCUCCUGGAUGAGAAGGAGCUGGCCAGGAAUGUCAUUCAGCCCAUAAACCACACUACGCUGCAGUGCCUAGCCGCCAGGGCCAUCGUCAAACACAGCCUUGACUAUCGGGGAAACAUCCCCGAAAAACUCGAGGCCUUCGUCCUGCUCCACAGAUAAUAAUUUGAAAAUUUGAGAGCAGGAGGAACAUAAAGACGAGAAGGGGGAUGGGUGUGAUGGCACUAGAGUGGGCUGAGGAGUGUAAUGCCUGACCUGUAAGGUGUGUUGGAGGCUGAAAAGGACAGCAAAUUGAAACCGUUUGGAGAGUGUGGACUUGAAGAUUUCUGUGCACAAAAAGCCCUCAUUCAAACAGUAUGGAUUAAAAAAUACUUGGAAUAAAUGGAGGAACCAGUGACCCUUUUCUUUCAAUCUAACAGAGCCACACUUCAAACUGCUCACAGACCUGUCUGUGGGAAUGUAUUAGGAUUGGACAGCAACAUGGACUAUCAGAUGUGAUGAACUGAGCAAUGGGUUUAUGUAUUUUUGCUUUAGAAAAUUAGAUUUUUUUGCGUAUUCCUCAAUGCUAUUUAUUGAAUGAAACUUGAGAGAUUUUUCUCCAUGCUGGCCUCAACUUUGCCUGCUUCUCUCUUCUCAAAGCAAAGAUUGAGGCUUUAUACAAAUGCUGGGACUUCAGGUCAUUUGUCCCAUCACUGUUGCCAACAGUCAUGGACCCUUUCUCAGUCAUCUGUUUUUUGUAUUUUUCAAAUUAUUUAGUUACAUUAUUGUCAUGCAAAUCUGGAUAUCUGCCAAGUGGUGUGGAUUCUAGCACAUAAACUCAUUUUUGGUUCCAAUUUAGUGUUUAACAGAGCUUUAUGAGAAGGGUUUAAUGUCUGCAAACACCAUAAGUGCUUUAUUCUUCCUAUGCACAGGCUAGGCUGUUGGAAAGAGAGACUGUUGUAUUCUGUGCCGGCACUUGUCUGUGCAAUAUAUCUCUCAUGAGUUUUUGUGUUUACCUCAUUGCUGCCGUUUCCUUCAGUAUCCCCCUUGUUCACUCAAGGAGUGGAUUCAAAACCAUUGUACUGAUUGUUGUUUGAAAGGUGAAUGAAACUGAGUGAUUUUUGCGUGAGUGAGAGUGAGUGUAAGUGCCACAGGGUGUGUUUCUUGUAUGCAAAUGUUUUGAGCUUUCGAUAACUGCGGACAAGAGUUGGGUGAAGUGGCACUCAUGGAGAUUCCAUAAUGCACAUGACUGCCACUAAAAACCCACAGCGGCCAAACUGUCUUCAACCGCUGGAGUGUGCAGGCUUGUACACAGAAGUGACCUCUUACAGUUCAUACAUGGUCGACUUUUAAAUGCCAUUUUGUUCUUUAAUGAUUUCGAUCAAAAUAUAAGCCUGGGAAGGUUACAGCAUCGGGCCACUGUGCAUGUUCAGCCACAUAUAAACCAACCAAUCACUGCAGAAAACCUUUCAUAAGAACUCCUACACUCCAAACUAGACUACGGCUAUGACAGUUCUGCUUAUUUUGUACAAGUGUCAUCCAGUUGUAUGACAACCCAGAGGGAGGAUGCCUCACUAUACAGAGUAAAAUAAGGCUUUGUGAACUCUUAUUUGCACAUUAGCUUUAGAUGUGUGGGUUGGAAAAAAGGGCUUUUCAUCAUUGGUAGGAUUUCAUGUUGCAGUCUAUUUAACCUGACAGUUGAAAACCAGACAUAGAAAAUGUAUGACAACUCCCAGGGCAACUUGAUUUGAAUCUGCACUUUACUACAGCGGAGUUUAAGAUUUGAUAUGGCAUUAAUCAAGUUCAUGUCUUAAUAACCAGUUUGACAAUAAACCCAUGUUGCACUUGU